AUUUUUGUUGAUGUAAAUGCUCGCGUGUCCACGCCCUUACCCUUGCCUUUCUUGAUCUUUCAGUCUCGGGACAUGCAGCCGAAUAAUGCUAGUCAAAUGUGCAGAGACAACUCCUACUAUGCAGAGGGUCAGCCAAAAACUGCUCACAAGACGAACCGAAAUUGGGAUAAAUGCGGUAAGGCACUAAGUGCAUAUGACUUGGUGGAGAUUUUAGCACGGGAAGAAUUCCUCGACAGCAGCAUCUUGCAGGUGAUAAGAGAGAGGAAUGUAAAUCCGGAUGAUGUACAGACGGUAUUAAAUAACCACGCAAAUAUUUUUCACAUCAAGAGCGAUAGGUUUUGCCUUAAGCCUAGGUUAAAACUAUGCGCUGGACAUUCAAGUAGCAAAGGAUGCGAGAAUAAGACAGAUUGUGUCGGAUUGCACAUCUGUCAAAAUUUCCUAAAAGGGAUUUGCAAGUACAAAGUCUGUAAUUUGGGUCACAAGUUAGCAACAGGACAUAACAAGAAAGUUCUUGGGAACCUCUUCCUUGACCGACUCGGGGAUGAUACUUUGCUAAGAGUGCUCUCCAAAAGUCUUCCGAAGAGUACCAGCAAUUCCCAAAAGGGAAGUGGAGAUCAGAGAACAAGACACAGCUCUCCAAAUCGGGCGUUUCUCGAGACUAGUGAAUCUGAUGCUUAUUCUCUUAAUGGAGAUGAUGACUCUGAUGCUGAUCAUUUCUGUGGAAGAAGUAAACGGAAGAAGCCUUCUCCAAUCAAGAAGAAAAAGCAAAUACAGACUGUAUGGUCCACAGAUUCUAACGGAGACGUAGAGAUCCCAGAAAUCUGCUACAAUUCUGUUGAAAGCUCAUGUCCUAGACAAGAUGAAGGCUGUGAGAAACUUCAUUCGUUUCAACAUUUCUACUGGCAGAUUAGCAAAGACAACAGCAAGUGGUUCAACCUGCCUCCUAAGCUUGUCUUGUGUUUGGAAAAGUCCUACUGCGAUGUCUCUCAAGAUGGUGUUACUCUACCUAGGCUGAAAGGGGUUGAUCUUCAAUCAGUCCAUAUAGACGCCGUGAAAAUCCUUUCCCGAGAUGAAUGGACGUCAGACUUUCAUUCAAUGACUCUUAAGAAUUCCAAUCACAAAGUUCAACUUCAUCUUCGCAGGCUGUGCUCAGAGAAGACUGACAGCGCGAAUGUGAAAGCAAAUACUUUUUGUUGGUAUUUCAGGGACGAUAACGAUAAGUGGAUUUCCUAUGACAAUAGUGAAGAACAAGGACAAUGCAACACAGCUACCUCAGAAGACAUAGAAAAAUACUAUUUAGCCAAACCUAGCACCCCUUUCCAUUUAAAAAAACGAAGGUUUAACUACAUACUUGACUUUCAGAAAAUGUGUCAAAUAAAUGUAGUCACCAACACGACACGUAAAAUAAGGAGGCGUCCUCUAGUACAUCUGCAGGAAACUCCAGAUCGAUCUUUCUUACCAGAAGAUUGGCAAGAUAUGCAACCCAAGGAACGCAUGCGCCUUGUGGAUUUAGACCCAAAAUCUGAUGAGUAUAAAAAAGUUGUCAACCUCUUGAAAGACGACACUUACAAGGCUAAAGUCCAAAAAAUUCAGCGGAAUCAGAAUCCAUACUUGUGGAAGGCUUUUCAGCUUAGGAAGGAGGAGAUGAUCACCCAGUAUGGAGAUGAAGCCAGCGUGAAAAUGACAGACCUGUUCCAUGGCACUAGUUCUAAUAUCGUAAGCAAUAUCUGUAAAGAGAACUUUGACUUCCGGCUGCAUGGCGAAAGGACAGGGCACAUCUGGGGAAAGGGUUCUUAUUUUGGUAAUGAUAUUACCUAUUGCUACCGUUACUGUAGUCCUGACACAGCAGGACUGAAAUGCUUGUUUGUUACUAAGGUUCUGGUAGGAACCAUAACAGUUGGUGCUAAAGAUUUAAGAAGGCCUCCUUUGAACCAAGCUACAGGUGCUCUCUUUGACACAACUGUGGAUAAUGAGACACAACCAACCAUUUUUGUAAAGUAUGAUAAACAGGAAUACUAUCCAUAUUAUGUUAUAAGGAUGCUAUAGAGUACUAGCUCUGUUGGUUUUGUAUUCACUAUAUAUGUUACCUCUUCACUACCAAUAAAAUAUAAUGUUUUCA